GUUGUAUAUUAGCCGCCAAGAAAACAUCGAAGAAGAACCCUGCACGGCUCAGCCAGAAAGUUGCUGCAUUGUUGUUCCUUCUCAGCUAAUAUUUCAGUAACAAUGUCUUCAGUUCAGCAUCUCAGAGAGUUUAUCAGAGAGAGACUAACUGCUGCUGCUCAAGAAAUCUUCACCGAGGUUGAAAAAACCAUCAUUUGCUACGAGGAAGAGCUCGAUGCUCAGCGCAAAAUGAUGGGGAUCAACUGGAAACCAGAAAUUAAGCUACACAGAAUCGGUUCGGAGCUGCAGAGACAAAGUUCUGACCUCCAACAGUCAAGUGUCUCCAAUGAGGAGGAAUCUCCUGGCAUCCAACAAGUGUGGAGCCUGGCAAAUGAGUCCAGACAGGACCGGAAAGAAGUAGAAGGUCAGUGGGCUGUAGAGGUACAGAUGGAACCAGAACCAAAAAGGAUUAAAAAAGAAGAGAACAAACCAGAACCUGCACUACUCAAACAUGAGGAAAUAGAAUAUCCACUAACAUACGUAAGAAAGGACGAGCUAGAUUCUUCAGUGCUUCAACAUGAACAGCAGCCACCAGAACAUUUACCAAAUGGGCAGGACCAGAAGAACCUCUGCAGCAGUCAGGAGGGAGAGCAGCUUGUCCAGAAGGAACCUCAGCGCAGGAUGAUGGGGAUCAACUGGAACCCACAAAUAAAGCUACACAGAAUUGGAUCGGAGCUGCAGAGACAAAGUUCUGACCUCCAACAGCCAAGUGUCUCCAAUGAGGAGGAAACUUUUGUCAUCCAACAAGUCUGUAGCCUGGCAAGUAGGUCCAGUCAGGACCAGAAAGAAGCAGAACCUCAGUGGACUGAAGAGGAACAGAUGGAACCAGAACCAAAAUGGAUGAAAGGAGAAGAUGAUGAACCAGAACCUACACUGCUCAAAGAUAAGGAAAUAGAAUUUCCACUAACGUAUGUAAGGGAAGAGGAGGUAGAUUCUUCAGUGCUUCCAUGUGAACUUCAGCCACCAGAACAUUUACCAACUGGACAGAACCAGAAGAACCUCUGCAGCAGUCAGGAGGGAGAGCAGCUUGUCCAGAAGCAGUUUGUUGCUUUGAUUGAGACUUCUACUCUUCAGGAAGAUGAUAUGAAUGAAGAAGAGAGAAGAACAGAGCAGUUUUCCCUUCAUAUCUCUCCAGUGGCUGAAAGCAAAGAUCAGGAAGGAAGCAGCUCCUCUGUGUCAGAGAGUCAGGCUGGUACUGGCACAAAAAAGAGAUCUUUCAAAUGUGACAUUUGUGGGAGAUGUUACCCACAACAGUGGAAGUUGAAAAACCAUUACAAAACUCACACUGGUGAGAGACCUUUUUCAUGUGAAACAUGCAGAAAAAGUUUCUCUCAAAUUAGUACUUUGAAAGUCCACAAGAGAAUCCAUACAGGUGAGAAACCUUUUUCAUGCCAGUCAUGCGGAAAGAGUUUCCCUCAAAGUAGUGACUUAAAUGUCCACAAGAGAAUUCAUACAGGUGAGAAACCUUUUUCAUGCCAGUCAUGUGGAAAACGUUUUAUUCGAAUUAGUACUUUAAAUUCCCACAAGAAAAUUCAUACAGGAGAGAGACCUUUUUCAUGCCAGUUAUGUGGAAAACGUUUCACUCGAAUUAGUCAUUUAAAAGACCACAACAGAGUUCAUACACGUGAGAAGCCUUUUUCAUGCCAGUUAUGUGGAAAGUCUUUUUCUCAAUUUAGAUCUUUAAAUGACCACAAGAAAAUUCAUACAGGGGAGAGGCCUUUUUCAUGCCAGUCAUGUGGAAAACGUUUUAUUCGAAUUAGUACUUUAAAUUCCCACAAGAAAAUUCAUACAGGAGAGAGACCUUUUUCAUGCCAGUCAUGUGGAAAAUGUUUUAUUCGAAUUAGUAAUUUAAAUAACCACAAGAGAAUUCAUACAGGUGAUAAACCUUUUUCAUGCCAGUUAUGUGGAACGAAUUUCACUCGUCUUGGUAGCUUAAAUCGUCACAAGAUGAGUCAUGCAUUUGAGAAGGGUUGUCACGAUAAACAAUAAAUCUAUCAGCAGUAAACAAAUAUGAGCUUAAUAAUAAAAUAAUGUCUACAAUAAUACUUCUUUGUUUUCAUCGUCUCUCCUUCUACAAAGAGACUGGAGGAGAAAAAGUUUCACUAGGCCUGUCGCGAUAAACAAUAAAUCAAUUAAUCGUACGAUAAAUGAAAACUAUCAAUAGGAGAACCCACAUGGGUGAUAUGUGUUUUCCCCAUGGUGUGAAAAAAUUCUUUCAUUAUGGUAAACUGAAUUUCCACAUGAAACAUAUAUAUAACAAGUACAUAAGAAUGAUGGAAUUGGAAUUGUAAAGUCCAGAACUCUCCAACUCUCUUCAUUAUUUAAUUUCUUGCAGUAUUUAGAUUCCUCCCUGUUCCCAGGGGCGCUCCCAAGAAUUUGGGCCCCAUAACAAAAAAUAAAAUUGGUUCCCCCUG